AUGCCUAUUCCGAUAUCUCCAUUGCUUCCUAAAUGGGAGCUACAAUCCUACAGUGAGAAUAUUGAUUUCGACUGUGAUGAUCUGCCGGAGCCCAAAAUUCGCCACCAGACGUUGAUAUUUCGAAAUCACAGCUGUAAAUGGCAUAUCAAGGUCACUGUCAUUGGCACUGUAUUUGGCUUCCGAUCUAUCAAAAAAAGCUUGCCUGAGCGCCAUCAUGAAUUCAAACAAUUCGCCCUAUCAAUCGACUAUACCUCGCUACCUCUUAUAGCUGACACUGUGACGGAAAUUGAAUACACAUUGUCUAACGAGAAUUUCAACUCAAUUACGGUGCAAAAUGAAACCACGUUUGCAGACAACGCUUUCAUGACAAGCAUGAACAUGAUGACUUGCGAGAUCAAAGAAGACGCCAAGAGAGUGGUUUAUCCAAUUGAUGGUAUAUCCUCAUCUCUACGAAGAAUCAAGCUCGAGCAGCUACAGGAUAAAGUUCAAAUCUCUACAGCUGUUUUCAAAGUGUGUUUUGCCAGCCAGACCUUCGUUUACAAAGAGAUCAACCGCAUGGGGUACCUUCCACUCGACACGGAUAAUAUCCUACAAGAAAUAGAAGCACUCGAAAUAUUCCAGGGAUGUUCGAAUAUAGUGCAGGCAGUAGGAAUCAUCACAUCCACCAAUCCUUACCAGACCGACCCGUCGAGCGACUAUCCUCCAGUUAUUACCGGGAUUCUACUCAAAUUUUACCCUAUGGGCUCACUAGAGCUGAUUUUUGAACAACACGAAGCGAACAAAGUCGUCUGCUGGAGCUCUGUAACUAUUCAGAUCGGAGAAGCGUUGAUAUGCAUGCACAAAGCCAAAAGGACCCACCUUAACCUCAAGUUGUCAAACAUAGUCCUGGACGCAGAUGGGAAUGCGCUUAUUAUUGAUAUUAGUGGAACUGGGAGUUUCACAUGGGAAUGGCUAGCACCGGAAAUGAAAAAAGAGUUACAGGACAGAGUUGAUGAUGGACAUGAAGCAAAGCCCGCACAAUCGCCAUUUGAAAAACAACGGCUGAAUGAUACAUGGGCUUAUGGAAAAUUACUUUCGACCAUUGCAAAGAAGCUUGGUGGGAAUGGGCUUGGCCUGAAAGCAAACCGUGUUGCAGAAUGCUUGAUGAUUGAGGAUCCUAAGAUUCGUAUGUCUUUGGAAAAUGCCAUCGAGGUCUUACGACAGGAAGAUGAUGGCAAGCCUGUGGCAAAUAUCUAA